AGGAAGCGAGCAGGUCUUAAAGGGGCAGCAGCGGUUUUUUAAGCCUCCUCCUUCCUCCAAUUUUGCAAGAGCGAACGCAGAAGAGUAGGUUUCCGGAAGACAAGUACAGCUGGAACAGCAAGGGCUGCAGCUGGAGGUGGGAGCGCGUGCGGGGCUGACGGAGGCGAAGGUCUGCCCGUAGAAAGGGCGGGGUGUGCGCGCCCCCUGCGCCCAGCGCCCAGCGCCCAGCGCCCAGCUGGGCCGGCCCAUGCUCCGGCCGGCAGUGAGCUUUAACAUCUGGGGCCCGGCUAGGGCAGCAGGGACCUGCGCGCAGUGGGCGAGGCCGAUGCGCCGGGCCGGAGGGUAAACUGUCUGGCGGGGCUAGGACAGAGCUGGCACCUCCAUAUAGGGCCCAGGGCACCCAGUAGGCCUCCGCGAUGCCAGGCGAAAAUAUCUUCCUGUUUGUGCCUAACCUCAUCGGUUAUGCCCGGAUUGUCUUCGCCAUAAUUUCUUUCUACUUCAUGCCCUGCUGCCCCCUCACGGCCUCCUCCUUCUACCUGCUCAGCGGACUUCUGGACGCUUUCGAUGGAUACGCUGCUCGAGUCCUUAAUCAAGGAACCCGGUUUGGGGCCAUGCUGGACAUGCUGACAGACCGCUGCUCCACAAUGUGUCUGCUGGUCAACCUGGCCCUGCUGUACCCUCGCGCCACCCUUCUCUUCCAGCUCAGCAUGAGCUUGGAUGUGGCCAGCCACUGGCUGCACCUCCACAGUUCUGUGGUCCAAGGCAGUGAAAGUCACAAGAUGAUUGACCUGUCUGGAAAUCCAGUGCUUCGCAUCUACUACACCUCCAAACCUGCUCUGUUUAUCCUGUGUGCUGGCAAUGAGCUCUUCUACUGCCUCCUCUACCUGUUCAAUUUCUCCGAGGGACCUUUAGUUGGCUCAGUGGGUCUUUUCCGAAUGGGCCUCUGGAUCACCGCCCCUAUCGCCUUGCUCAAGUCCCUCAUCAGUGUCAUCCACCUGAUCACAGCCGCCCGCAACAUGGCUGCCCUGGACGCAGCAGACCGUGCCAAGAAGAAGUGACCCUGGCACCUCCAGCCCCUGGCUGCUCACCUGCCCUGGGAGCCUCACUGUGCUACGCGGCUCCCCUCUCCCUCCUAGGAGGUCCCAGGCUCACAUCUUCCUAAUGCAUCGUCCAACCUGUGGGGAAGGGAGGGUUAGCCUUGUUGGUGAUGUCAUGUUCUCCGUAAUCCCGAGGACCAGUCCCACCCCCGUGAGCUCCAAGGACCUGGACUUAAAAUCAGGAAGGAUGCUCAGGAGGCCCUGCCCCACAUGGGCAGUGCUUCUGGGGCACCAAGAUUGCUGUCUGAGGACUGGACAUUGUCACAGCUGCUGGCUCAGCCCUGAGGUCUGGCUGGGCCUAAGACUUUGGGGACACUUGAGUGAGGGAGGUGGGGUAGGGGACAGGUUUUCCAAAAGGCAGGGAUUCAGACUUCUGACCCUGGCUAGAGGAAGCCUCUUGGCACUGUGGCCGGGAGAGAAGGGACCUUCUAGAUCCCUGUUGCAAUCUCCUCUGUCCUGUCUGUCCUGGCUCUGAAAGCCUUGAUAAUAAAGGCAGGAGCAUCACUA